CCCGCCCCCGGGCCGCCCCCCGGCCCGUCGUCCCCUCCCCCGCUGGCGGGGCCCGGACGGAAGAUGGUACAGAAGAAAACAGCCGAACUUCAGGGCUUCCACCGUUCGUUCAAGGGACAGAACCCUUUUGAGCUGGCCUUCUCCCUAGACCAGGCCCACCACGGGGACCCUGAGGACCCUGACUUCAGCCUGCAGCACGCAGCCCGCCCUGACAUGCCCGCCAGCCAGCCCAUUGACAUCCCAGAUGCCAAGAAGAGGAGCAAGAAGAAAAAGCGCAGCCGAGCCACCGACAGCUUCUCGGGCAGGUUCGAAGACGUCUACCAGCUGCAAGAGGACGUGCUUGGGGAAGGCGCCCAUGCCCGCGUGCAGACCUGUGUCAACCUCAUCACCAACCAGGAGUACGCCGUCAAGAUCAUUGAGAAGCAACCAGGCCACAUUCGGAGCAGGGUUUUCCGGGAGGUGGAGAUGCUGUAUCAGUGCCAGGGACACAGGAACGUUCUAGAGCUGAUUGAGUUCUUCGAGGAGGAGGACCGCUUCUACCUGGUGUUUGAGAAGAUGCGGGGUGGUUCCAUCCUGAGUCACAUCCACAAGCGGCGGCACUUUAACGAGCUGGAGGCCAGCGUGGUGGUGCAGGACGUGGCCAGCGCCCUGGACUUCCUACACAACAAAGGUGAGUGCUCACCACAGGCCGGGUCCACCUGCUCAGGACUCCUAGGAGAUGCCCCCACCCCAAUGGCCUUGUAUGGCUUCCUUCCAGGCAUUGCCCACAGGGAUCUGAAGCCAGAAAACAUCCUCUGCGAGCACCCCAACCAGGUGUCCCCUGUGAAGAUCUGCGACUUUGACCUGGGCAGUGGCAUCAAGCUCAAUGGAGACUGCUCCCCCAUCUCUACCCCGGAGCUGCUCACUCCGUGCGGCUCCGCCGAGUACAUGGCCCCUGAGGUGGUGGAAGCCUUCAGCGAGGAGGCCAGCAUCUACGACAAGCGCUGCGACCUGUGGAGCCUGGGCGUCAUCCUGUACAUCCUGCUUAGCGGCUAUCCGCCCUUCGUGGGCCACUGCGGCAGCGACUGCGGCUGGGACCGCGGCGAGGCCUGCCCAGCCUGCCAGAGCAUGCUGUUCGAGAGCAUUCAGGAGGGCAAGUAUGAGUUCCCUGACAAGGACUGGGCCCACAUCUCCCUCGCUGCCAAAGACCUCAUCUCCAAGCUGCUUGUCCGGGACGCCAAGCAGCGGCUGAGCGCCGCCCAAGUCCUGCAGCACCCCUGGGUGCAGGGGUGCGCCCCAGAGAACACCCUGCCCACGCCCAUGGUCCUGCAGAGGAACAGCUGUGCCAAAGACCUCACGUCCUUUGCGGCCGAGGCCAUCGCCAUGAACCGGCAGCUGGCCCAGCGCGAAGAGGACUUGGCGGAGGAGGAGGCCGUGGGGCAGGGCCAGCCCGUCCUUGUCCGAGCUACCUCACGCUGCCUGCAGCUGUCCCCGCCCUCUGAGUCUAAGCUGGCCCAGCGGCGGCAGAGAGCCAGCCUGUCCACGGCCCCCGUGGUCCUCGUGGGAGACCGCGCCUGACGCCCUCCUGCCUUCCCUCUGUACAUAGGUGCCCUCCAGAUCUAAACUUUUUUUAAGCUAUCGCGAGCCCGCGACCCGCAGGGCGCUCCCUCCUCUGGCUGCAUUCCCCGGCGUUAAGCUCAGUGGAGGGGCUGUUUUUUUAUAGAAGGUUUUUGCUUUGGGGUUUUUUUCCUUUUUUUUUUCCUGUUUCCCCCUCCCCAUUUCUUUUGUUUUUUUCCUUUUGAUGGGGUGGAGAGUGGAGGGUGCCUGUGGCUGGGUUUUUCCUGUCCCCAAGCUCGCCUUGACUGUCAAGGUCACUGCACCCCGCCGCCACCUCCUUGCCCCCAUCGCCUGCGCGGUGACUCGGGAGCCUGCUUCCAGCCCGUUUGCCAUCUCCCAGGGACAUCCCCUCCCUGUGUCUGCCUCCCCAGCCCUCAGAAUUUUCAGGGAUGGCUCUCUGUCGUUUCGCAGGAACAGCAGGUUCUGAAUCCCUCACCCCAGACACCCUGGUGGCUUGGGGGCAGGGCGUGCCCUGUCCCAGAGGGUGGGCCUGGGUGCAGGCAGGCAGGGCAGAGGGCCGCCCACCCUCCAAGCUCUCCCAGACCCUCACCCAAGCGCCCUGUCCCCAUGAGAGUUGACAAUCGGGGCUUCUUCCAAGUCUAGCUGUCCAGGCCCCUGAUGGUGGGACUCGACCUCUGACCUUGACCUCAAACUGCAGCUGAUGUCGGGGACACACCCACUGCCUCUUCCCCACCCCACCAGGGACUGAAGCAGCAGGAGCCAGGCAUCUGCCACAUCACGGCGGGUGGGAGGGGCUGGACAGGCGCCCGUCAGCCAACCUGGGGGUCCCCAACACCCCCUCGGGGCACCCGAGUGCCCCUUCUCAGGGCUCAGUCUGACCAUCGCCAUGUCCUGCCCUGCACCCCCACGUGGGUCUGGCACAGAAACUGUCAGCCCCCUCCCCAUCCCCGCAGCUGGGGCCAGACCCGGAGGGCCCGCUGACUCCCCCACCCGCGAGGGCAGUGUUUUUGGUCUGCCCACCUUCAGGAAAACGGCCGCUGCUGCCACGACCUCGGCUUCUCUUUGGGCACCCAGAAAUGGCGAGGAAGAGUCUGCUCGGUCCCCCACCCCCUGCUCGGCGGUGAAGUACUAUGCAAUACGAGUUUCCAUUUUUCUAUGUGCACCUGUGGCUCUGCUGGUGGGGGGGGGGGGCGGCAGCUGGGUGUCGCUUUCGUGCCAGCCCAGCCCAGGGUGCGCUCAGGUGUCUGCCAGGGCAGCCCCUCCGGCUUCUAAACCGUGGUCGGGGAUUUUCGUCAUGUUUAGUUAGUUUUCUAAAGAAAACAUCAGUUGACUUUGCUUCCCUGUUCUUGAAGAAUACUUGAAUGUCGGAGGGGCCUCUGGGUGGGGGCCUCUGGCACCGUCUGCCCAGCCCCCCUCUCCCUCUCUAGUCUCAUGGCCGGUGGGGCUGCCACGCCCUCCGCAGUCCCUUGCCUGUAUCUGUGGACUGGCCUUUCCAAAGACCCCCCGUGGGGCAGGGGGAGGUCUCCUGCCCCCACAUCAUUUAUCACCCAGCAGCGAUUCCACAUUUUGCAACUGGGGAUUUUCUGCCUUUUUGUAUAAAAGAACAAAUGCUGCAGGCGCCAAUGGCUGUUGUGCCUGGAAAGCUUGGCGGCUGCAGCUUCUGUUUUUCUGAAGGUGGGACAGUCACUUCCUCCCUCCCCCCACCCUGCUCGGUGGCGGCCUGGAGGACUGGUAACCGUUAACUGUGAAUGAGCAGAACUGGAGCGGCCCGGGCACUGGGAGAACGGCCGUACAUCAAUGUCAAGAUGUUCAAAAAAGAUAAAACAACAACGACAAAAAAAAACCUCAAAAAUUUUUUAAAGUGGGGAAAAAACAUCCAAGCACUUUAAUUCCAUUGUACCAGGUGAACUGAUCGAGCUCAAAAGUUUUCCUUUCCACCAACUGUCGAAAGCCGGAAUUUUGUAUUCUGUUUUGUAAGGAUUUAAUAAAAGUUGUAAAAACCGGU